AUGCCGUCUUGUGUGGUGAAAUCUUGUAAAAAUUACAUGACUAAACUUAAAAAGUCACAAGGGAUCACCUACCAUAAGUUUCCUAGAAGUAAAAACCGUAGAGAUGACUGGGUUUCAAUUAUUCGAAACAGCAGAGGAGAAAACAAUUGGAACCCAUCAUCUGCCAGUACUGUGUGCAGUGCACAUUUUGAUGACGUUGAUUUCAAAACUACAGCUAAGGGUCUACGUUGUUUGGUUCCGUUCGCCAUUCCAAAAAGGUUACUUUCAAACUAUCCAGAAACACAAACACAUAGCACUUCGCCACCUAUACUGCAGAUAUCAUCAAAUGUUAGAGAAACAGAUAAAUAUCAACAGCCAACAUCAUCGUCUAUGUUGCAGGUACCUGCAAUCACCGAUGAAUUUAAAUUGAGUGGAUAUUGCCGAUUAUGUGCCAUAUCAAUAUGUGAUGGCAUGUUAGUAAAUGUUCAGAGUGACAAUAGUAUGAAAAAUUUAAUAGUAAAAAUGUCAAAUAGACUAAAUACCAAUAUUGACUUCAGCCAAAAACAUCUGCCAACAACCAUUUGUUCUAUUUGUAUCAAGUUAUUGUAUACGGCUUAUGAUUUCGUUGUUGGUAUAGACCUGGCACAAAUGACUUUAAAUAAAAUAUCAAUGCAGAAAGACAAUUCUCAGAGGCCAGUAUAUUUAAAUCAAGACAACAACAGUGAUUUGUCAAAUACAUUUACACAGCAGACAAACAACGGAUCAGAAGCAUGUGAUUUAGGUAACCCUUGGUUACAUGUAUCAAGUGAAAUUACUUCUUCACAACAACUAUCACCAAAAAUUGAAGCAAUGUCACGACCAAAUUCAGUUGAAUUAUCUCAGAAUAGCCCUUUUAUGCUAGAUACGCCCAGAAAAUGUCGAUUGAAGGACAAUCUUUAUAAGAAAAGCGUAAUUAUUGAUCAACAAAAAAAGAAUUUAAAAAGAUUGAACCAAAAAGUUAGGAGAUUGCGAAAUCGGAAUGAAUCACUUAAAAAUAUUCUAAAAAAUCUUAAAGAUAGAAAUAAAGGAAGCUAUAAGAAACAUCUAACACAUUUGGAAAUAGAAUAUAUUCCUACUGGCAACUGUUCCUUUGGAGAAAGUGGCUAUCCUAACUUAGAUUAA